AGCUCGUGGAAAGGGACGCGCAUUCUCUCGCAGAUUUUUGCGAUUGCCUGGCUGCCUGCACACCGCAACCACCCUAUCUUCAUAUUUCUGCCACCGGACAGCAUCACCUCCACUAGGAAAUGGCGCCGGUGAAGGUGUUCGGGCCGGCGGGGUCGACGAACGUGGCGAGGGUGCUGGUGUGCCUGGAGGAGGUGGGCGCAGAGUACGAGCUUGUCGACAUCGACUUCCCCGGCAAGGGGCAUAAGCGCCCUGACCACCUCGCCAGGAAUCCGUUUGGGCAAGUCCCAGCUUUACAAGAUGGCGAUCUCGUCCUCUUCGAGUCACGUGCCAUUGCAAAGUACGUGCUUCGUAAAUACAAGUCGGAGCAAGUGGAUUUGUUGAGGGAGGGUAGUCUGGAGGAAGCUGCCAUGGUAGACAUAUGGACAGAGGUCGAAACACACCAAUACCACCCGGCCCUCUCACCGAUCGUGCUGGAGUGCUUCAUAUACCCGACCUUACGGGGUCUUCUCACAAAUCAAAGGAUUGUGGAUGAAAGCCUGGAGAAGGCAAAGAAGGUUCUAGAAAUCUACGAAGCCCACCUGUCCAAACACAAGUAUUUAGCCGGUGAUUUCGUCAGCUUUGCAGAUCUGAACCAUUUUGCGUGUACUUUCUACCUCAUGGAUGCGACGCCAUAUGCGUCUCUGUUCGACUCGUACCCUCAUGUGAAAGCGUGGUGGGAGGAUUUGAUGUCCAGGCCGUCCAUGAAGAAGCUUGGUGCAAGCAUGACCACGAGGGUUUAGCUACAAGCAGUUGCAUGAAUAAUGCUGCUACCGGGUUGAAUUUUUUCUCCCUUGCUUUGUAGCAACAUCGAACGAUUUGAAGGUUCACUUGUGUAAUCCUGCGUGCACCUUGGUUGGCACUCAAUCUUUACCAACUAUACAUUAAAUGACUACGUUUGCCUUUGAGUUU